AUGCCGUGCUCGGCCCUCGAAAGCGGCCAAGUCGCGAGCCAGCGCACCUUGAAGCACGGUGAGAUCGUCUUGUUUCUCGCCGCGACCGUCCACGAUGGCAAGACGUGUGGCCGCUCAUUGUCCCGCUCUCGAUCGAGCGCCGGCUCGAAGAUGGACGUGUGCGUCGGCUUGAUCUUCUUGAGCUCCCAAGCGGCCGUCGAGGUUCCACUUGUGCUUCUCGUGGAAGACAGCGCGCUCGUCGCGCCGGACGUUCUCGAUGUUCGCGCGCGACCACUUCUCGUGCUUGCGGAUCCGCAGCCCAUGCUCUGUUGAGAUGGAGCUCCAGCCUUGAUUUAUUCUAGCCAAUCACAAGACCUGGCCGACCUCGUCUUAAAUAUAGUGUGAGCACCAUGCAG